UCUCCACAUGAAAAGCCCGAUGAGCUGAACCGUCAACAUCCGAGUGGUCGUGGAGAACACACACACACGCACACGCACCAGCUUCGUGGACGCACGCGCCGCAUAUGCACGCGCGCGAACGCGCACACGCGCACUUCCUCGGCGGAGAGACUGAGAGACACACAAACUUCCAACUCUCCAUGUGGAAGGCUGAGGUCUGAGGAUAAGAUUUAUUUUCUCCGCUCCGGGGCUCUGUUCCUUUUCCCCCCCGUCUCCCUCUCUUUUCUGCCUCCCUCUCUCUGUGUCUUUGCCCCGAUAAGUUGGCUUUCUAUGAGAGUCUUGCUCGGCCAGAAGAGAAGUUUGGUUGUUUGCCUGGUCGGGAGAAGAGUCGGGUUCGAAGCGGGGGAAGAUGGUCCGCAGCGCCGCUUGGAGACUGUGCGUCCUGGCGCUCAGCCUGGGCUUUGCGCCCCCGCCGAGCACGGCCCGGAUUUACACCAACCACUGGGCGGUCAGGAUACCCGGAGGACCCGAGGUGGCCGAGCGGAUAGCGGACAAGUACGGCUAUAGGAACAUGGGACAGAUUGGGGAUCUAAAAGACCAUUACCAUUUCUUCCAUAGCCGGACUAUCAAGCGAUCGACUUUAUCCAGCCGAGGUCGCCAUAGUUUCAUCUCCAUGGAGCCCAAGGUGCAGUGGAUACAACAGCAGGUGGUCAAGAGGAGGAUAAAGAGGGAUUACAAACCAUCCCCGCCCCUUUAUCAGUCCAGCCUCGUCCACAGCAGUCCGUCCCAGAGCAGCAUAUUCUAUAAUGAUGCCAAGUGGAGCAGUAUGUGGUACAUUCACUGCAACGACGAUGUGCACAACUGCCAGUCGGACAUGAACAUCAUGGGCGCGUGGAAAAGGGGCUACACGGGUAAAGAUGUGGUGGUGACCAUAUUAGACGACGGAAUUGAGAGGAACCACCCGGACCUUGCUCAGAACUACGACCCCAUGGCCAGUUUUGAUGUCAACGGCAACGAUAUGGACCCAAUGCCGCGAUACGACGCCACCAACGAGAACAAACAUGGGACACGAUGUGCCGGCGAAGUAGCUGCUGCUGCAAACAACUCCCACUGCAUUGUGGGUAUUGCCUACAACGCAAGGAUAGGUGGUGUUCGAAUGCUGGAUGGAGACGUAACAGACAUGGUGGAGGCCAAAUCUCUGAGUCUGCAGCCUCAACACAUCGACAUAUACAGCGCCAGCUGGGGACCAGAUGACGACGGGAAGACAGUGGACGGGCCGGCCUCUCUGGCCAGGCAAGCCUUUGAGAACGGCAUUCGCAUGGGCAGGAAGGGUCGUGGUUCCAUCUUCGUGUGGGCCUCGGGGAACGGGGGGCGGAGCAGAGACCACUGCUCUUGCGACGGUUACACCAACUCCAUCUACACCAUCUCCAUCUCCAGCACAGCUGAGAGUGGACGCAAACCCUGGUACCUGGAAGAGUGUUCGUCCACGCUGACCACCACCUACAGCAGUGGAGAGAACUACGACAGAAAGAUUAUCACAACAGACCUGAGGCAUCGGUGUACAGACAGUCACACGGGGACGUCGGCCUCAGCUCCCAUGGCUGCGGCCAUAAUUGCACUAGCACUCGAGGCAAAUCACCUUCUGACAUGGAGGGACGUCCAGCACAUCAUUGUCAAGACCUCUAGAGCCGGACACCUGAGCGCCCCUGACUGGAAGACCAACGCAGCUGGGUAUAAUGUCAGCCACCUUUACGGUUUUGGUCUGAUGGACGCUGAGGCCAUGGUGAAGGAGGCUGAGCGCUGGAAACACGUUCCUGCGCAGCAUGUGUGUGUGGAGAGCGCAGACCGGCAGAUCAGAACAAUCCGUCCGGAGCAUGUGGUGCGAUCGGUGUACAAGGCCACAGGCUGCACUGACAACCCCAACAACCAUGUGAUUUACUUGGAGCACGUCGUCGUACGGAUUACAAUCACUCACCCUCGUAGGGGAGACCUGUCAAUCAACCUGACGUCACCCUCAGGGACCAAGUCUCAGCUGCUCGCCAACAGGUUGUUUGAUCACUCCAUGGAGGGCUUUAAGAACUGGGAGUUUAUGACCACCCACUGCUGGGGGGAGAAGGCAGCCGGCGACUGGGUCCUAGAGAUCUAUGACUCACCGUCUCAGCUCCGCAGCCAGAAAGUGCCCGGGAAGUUGAAGGAGUGGUCUCUGGUGCUGUAUGGUACGUCUGUGCAUCCCUAUUCGUCUCUGCGGAGUGAUAAAAUUCGCUCCACGGACCCAGUGGUGGCGGCAGAGGAAGAGUUCACGGAGGAGUACGCUGGUGCUUGUGAUCCUGAAUGUAAUGAGCACGGCUGUGAAGGUCCUGGACCUCAUCAGUGCAUUAACUGUCUGCACUUCUUCCUGAAGUUCAAAAACAACACCAGAACCUGUGUGUCCGAGUGUCCCAGCGGCUUCUACCGUGACGAGCGAAGACGCUGCAAAAAGUGCUCCUCUCUGUGCGACACCUGCGUCGGCAGCCGCGGCGACCAGUGCACCUCCUGCAGGAACGGAUUCCACCUCAACGAGGGCACCAACACGUGUGUGGCCACAUGUGCCGAAAGCUUCUACCUCGACCAUGACUCCAACAUCUGCAGGAGGUGCCCGGAAAACUGUAAAAAGUGCACCACCUUCAACAUCUGCACCGAAUGUAAAUCUGGCAGCAGUCUUCAAGGAAACAAGUGCCUGAUGACCUGUGAAGCAGGAUCUUACUACAACGGCCACAGGCGAGCAUGUGAGCCGUGCCACAGAGCCUGCGCCACCUGUGCUGGUACAGGCAUCGAGGCCUGCACCAAGUGUGCAGAUGGCUACUUGUUGGAGGACUGGCGAUGUGUGGCGACCUGCAGCCUUGGCUACUACCUGUCUGAGCAGACGGCUGACGGCGGGCAGCUGCAGCGGUCUUGUAAGAAGUGCGAUCACAGUUGCUACGAGUGCUCGGGGCCUGGAGAGAGAAACUGCAGCAGCUGUGCCAGCGGUUACAACCUGGAGGCGGGAGCUUGUAUGGUCAGCACCAUCUGCAAAGAUGGUGAGUACGCGAGUCGACACGGAGAGUGCCGCUUGUGCUACCUGACCUGUCAGGAGUGUUCAGGUCCUGAGGAAGAGGACUGCACCAGCUGCCCACCCACACGCUUCUUCUCAGAUGGCAGCUGUGAGAGCCACUGUCAGCGAGGCUGGUACCCGAUGGAGCGGCAGUGUCAUCGCUGUCACCACACGUGCAGCGAGUGCACCAACGAAGGGCCGGACUCCUGCAGCAGCUGUGACACAGACAAGUUUGGAGCGUCCAGGUAUCUGUUCCAGAGUCAGUGCCUGGAGGUGUGUCCCGAUGGGCACUUCCACUCUGCGCAGCACGUCUGUGAGUCCUGCCCAGCCGACUGCCUGGUCUGCUCGUCGGCAGCCGUCUGCCAGCACUGCAGCUCGGGCUUCAGACUCCGAGAUGGUCGCUGUUCUCCGCUGGUCUGCAGCUCAGGGGAGGUUGCCAAUGUGGAGCAUGAGGACUGCGUCCCCUGUGAGGAAGGCUGCCAGCAGUGCCAGCGCAAUGAUGAGGAGCAAGUCACUCACUGCCUGAAAUGUGAAGAUGGUUUCUACCAGUUGGGAGGUGACUGUCAUCACUCCUGCCCGGACCGAACCUACGACGACAAUCGGCAGAUGGUUUGUGCUCCAUGUGAAGACAAGAAGUGUGAAGUGUGUGACCAGUCCCAGUGCUACUGGUGUGAAUCAGGAUUCUACGUCUCCGAUGGGGAGUGCGUGGAUCACUGUCAGGAGGGAUUCUAUGUGGACCAGUCGAAUCAAGAAUGUGAGCCGUGUCACCGGAACUGUCGGAGCUGUGGGGGACCCGGGUAUGACGACUGUGACUCCUGCGAGGACACGUUCACACUCAAGAAUGGGGAGUGUUUGACCAACCCUCAGAUGGACUCCUGUCCCGAGAAACACUUCAGAAAUGAUGAAGGGGACUGUGAGAUGUGUCACUCUUCAUGCCAAAUGUGCUCAGCAGCUGGGAAGACCGACUGCAUCACCUGUUCACAAGGUCUUUACCUGACGGCUCGACAGACCUGCACUGCUCGCUGUCCCUCCGGGACUUUUGCUGACGCGGCGUGGGGCCACUGCAGCGACUGCUCUGAAGGCUGCGUCAUGUGUCAAGACCUCCGCAAGUGCCAGCGCUGUCGGACUGGACUCUCCCUGCAGGACGGGGAGUGUGUGACGGAGUGCAAGAGAGGGUUUUCACAGGCUGGUGUGUGCCAGCCUUGCGCUCCAGGAUGCUCCUCCUGCCAAGAGAGCGCCACCCGCUGUCUGAGCUGCGACAAGAACAAGCUCCUGCUGGAGUUCUCCUGCACUGCUCACUGUCCUGAGGGAUACUUUGGCCAAGAGCAGAAGUGUGUCCGCUGCCCACCUCACUGUAAAGAGUGCAAUCAAGACAGACUCUGUCAAAAGUGCACUGAUUUCUUCUUCCUCCAUGAAGACAAGUGUGUGGACAACUGUCCACUCGGCUUCUUUGCCACUGACAAACAGCAGCAGUGUGUGAGUUGCCAUGCCAAUUGUGCCUCCUGUGAUGGACCAGACAGCGAUGACUGCAUCACGUGCAGUAACCCAAAAGCCGUCCGCUACAACGGAGAUUGUCUGCCUCGGUGUCCGACCCGGACUUACUACGACGGCUCAACCAAGGAGUGCAGAGAUUGUGCCAGGUCGUGUCUCACCUGCUCCGGACACGAGCCCUCGUCCUGCUUAACAUGUGACCCGGACAGAAGAAGGGAUAGGAGCGGACACUGCGUGUGGUUAAGCGACUGUGCUCUGACAUCGUAUCUGGACCAGAACGGGAAGUGUAAGAGCUGCCACAGCGCUUGCCACCGCUGCACCGGUCCCGGCAAAGACCACUGCCUCAGCUGCAACGCUCCCCACUUCCUCCUCAACGGCACGUGUGUGGCGCAGUGUCCGCUGGGUUACUAUGCCGAGGUCAAGGACGAGCGAGUGUGUGAGCGCUGUCACUCCAGCUGUCGGACCUGCUCGGGCCGCCACAGCGUCCAGUGUCUGGACUGUAAAGCGGGCUCCUUCAGGCUGGGGAGCGGCUGUGUGGACGACUGCCCCAAAAGCCACUUUGGGAACACCAGCACGAUGAUCUGUGAGAACUGCGACCCCUCCUGCACCCGGUGCUCCGGUCGGGGGAACAAGAGGUGUCUGAGCUGCCGGGACGGCUACCUCUACUUCAGGCAGCAGGGCCAGUGCUUGAAGAGCUGUCCGCAGGGUUACUACACUCACAGGAUCUACGGAACCUGCAACAAGUGUCACCCCACCUGCAAGACCUGCUCCGGCGAGGGGGCCCUCUCCUGCCUCAGCUGUUACCCAGGCUACACACAGAUUGGAACAAACAUUUGUGAAUCUGUGUGUUUCGUGGGCUUCUACGCUGCCUCUCAGAAAACAGAGUCUGGUGAACCCAAGUGUCAGGCCUGCGACGCCUCCUGCUUGGAGUGUCGGGGCCCCGGCAUCUGGAACUGCACCCAGUGCCGCGCUUCCAAGGUCCUGGCUGAUGACGGCCGGUGUUUGACCUGCUGCGGCGACGACGAGCUCCACAACAAGGAAAUGAUUUCCAGAGAGUGCUGUGUCUGUCAGGCCUCGGCAGUCGACUGCGUCCUCGGAGCAAACUUUGUGAUCGGGAGCUACGACGAGUUGGAGCCAGGAAGUGGCAAACCCCAACUCUACGUCACCAUCUUGGUUCUGCUGGUUCUGUUGGUGGGCGCCGCACUGUUCGUCUUCCUCCAGGUUCGCUCCAAGUACCUCUCCCUCAUCCCUCUGACCAGUGGCUACAAGAAGCUGGUAACACACGGACCUGUGGCCGUGCAGCAGCACGCCUCCCCCUACGGCGAGUACAGUGAUCCCAUCAUAGACCGCGACGACGACGACGAUGAAGAGGACGAAAUAGUGUACAUGGGACAAGACGGGACGGUGUAUCGGAAAAACAAGUACGGGAUGUUAGAGGACGACGAGAUGGAGAUGGAGUACGAUGACGAAAGCGUCUCGUACCGAUGAAGGAAGAGCUCUGCUGCAUAACUGGACUGUGUUUGAGAUGUUUGCGUCCAUUCAAAUGAUACUUCAUGAUGAUCUGAAAAAGAAAUGUAAUGUUGCAUUUAAUGGUUGAGGUGAUGUAAAAUGUUGAUCCCAAUAAACCUACAGAUAUUUAUUAAAAAUCAGCGUCAUUAUUGGGCUGAUGACAUCCUCAAUGUGCAGCUACAUCUGUAACUGAGUGGUGUUUUUAUUACGUUCACACUGUUCUGUGUUUUACGUUUCCUUGUUCCUGAUUUUUUUCCCUUGAAUUUAUUUACAUUUGUUCUUGAAAAUAUUUUUUUCUUUUAAUUUUGUUCUAUUCUAAUUGUUAUUCAUUUUUAACUGAAUUAUGCAUUCAUAAUUUUAAUUUUCUAACAUUUGUAAUCUAAAUAUUUUUUAACACA